AUGUUGGCGAAGAGUUGCGUGGUGCUGUGCGAAAAGACCGCUGCCAUGUUUGUUCUGAUGGUUAACAACAAUGAGCAACAGCAGGCUGAAUUAUUGGAUUUUUAUGUGGUGGCUGAUGUUGAGUUUGUCUCCGAAGAAUGUCAUGACAUGCAAGAGGUAGUUCGUUGUCUGGCGAUGGUAGAGGAUGGGCUGUUUUUUAUAGAAUCCUUGGAAGAUCAUCUUGGGGCAGAAGAACCCAUACGAGGACAUGGUGUAUCAAUUCCCAUGCUUGAGAAGUUGAAGAAUGGAAGGCAUUUUGCGGCGACGGGGAGAAGUGGCGAUGACUGUCCGAUUUGCUUGGAGGAAAUUUGUGAUGGUGUGGAGCUAAUCAAGAUGCCCUGCAACCAUAUAUUUCAUGAAAGGUGUAUCUUUCGCUGGUUGGAGAAUCGUAAUUCAUGCCCCAUUUGUCUAUACGAAGUGAAGGAUUAA